AUCUCUGUAUUUUUAAAAAAAUUGGUCACAGCUGUACCAAAAAAAAAGGAAAGGGAGGUACUUUACUUGGGAAGUUAAAGGAGGCUUUGGCUGAAACUUUGGCUGAAGAAGACAUUUUUUUUCUCUGCAAAUCCCAUCUGGGUAGUAUUCCCAUACCCAACAUUCGCCAAAAACACUGCCUUUUCUCGUAAAAAGCAAAUAACCCAUUCAUACAGCACGCAGAGAAAUGCCCUUACCUUCUCCUCAUCUUCCUUAUUCCAUAUUGUUGAGCUUAGUUUCUUGUCCGUGUGGACUCUUCAGCUUCAUCUUUUCUCUGCAACAAGCUCUUAACAAGUAGGAGAAGACCAAGCAACCUUGAAAAGUACAAACAGUGACUGAUUUAGUUCAAAGGGUCUCUUUCUGAUUGACCAAAUAAAGUGGGUUUUGAUUGGUGGUGGGAUUUUGAGACAUGGCUUUUUCUCCACUGUUCUGCUGUGGAAAGGGUUUAGAUCGAAAAGAACGAAAGAAGAAGCAGCCAACAUGGAGAGUCUUUUCCUUGAAGGAACUACAUGCUGCUACAAACAAUUUCAAUUACGACAACAAACUGGGAGAAGGGGGAUUUGGCAGUGUUUACUGGGGUCAGCUUUGGGAUGGAUCGCAAAUUGCAGUGAAAAGGUUGAAAGUGUGGAGUAACAAAGCAGACAUGGAAUUCGCUGUUGAGGUUGAGAUUCUGGCACGAGUUCGGCACAAGAAUUUGCUGAGUUUACGAGGAUAUUGUGCAGAAGGACAAGAGCGUUUAAUCAUAUAUGACUACAUGCCCAAUUUGAGCUUACUUUCUCAUCUACAUGGACAACACUCAGCUGAAUGCCUACUCGAUUGGAGCCGACGGAUAAAUAUUGCAAUUGGGUCUGCUGAGGGAAUUGCCUAUCUUCACCACCACUCUACUCCACAUAUAAUACAUAGAGAUGUUAAAGCUAGUAAUGUUCUGCUUGACUCGAACUUUGUGGCCCAAGUUGCUGAUUUUGGAUUCGCAAAGCUAAUCCCAGAUGGUGCAACUCAUGUUACCACAAGAGUUAAGGGGACCCUUGGCUACCUUGCACCAGAGUAUGCUAUGUUAGGGAAGGCAUCAGAGAGUUGUGAUGUCUACAGCUUCGGCAUUCUUCUGCUAGAGCUUGCUAGUGGCAAGAAGCCCAUCGAGAAACUCAGCGCAACACAAAAGAGAACGAUUGUUGAUUGGGCGCUGCCACUUGCUUGCGAGGGGAAAUUCAACGAGUUAGUGGAUCCAAAGCUGAAUGGAAAGUAUGUGGAAGAUGAGCUGAAAAGGGUCAUCUUGGUCGCACUACUUUGUGCACAUACUCAGCCUGAGAAAAGACCUACCAUGCUUGAGGUGGUGGAGUUACUAAAGGGAGAAGCGAAAGAGAAAAUAGCUAAACUAGAAAGUGAUGUACUUUUUAAGAACCCUGUUCCUGUGGAUCAGAAAGAAGGCUACACUGGCACUGCAGAAGAGGCCUCGGAUGCAAUCUUGGAGGAAAAGAAAGUGAAAGAUGAGUUGAAAGAGGAGACUGGGCCUGGAAUUGUUGAACAAAUGUGAUGAAGAACAUUUAGGUGUAUAAUUUGGAUAUUUGAUGUUUUGUUUUAUUUUUCCUCAUUGAGGGGUAGGGGGCAAGGCUGCACUGGCUGUCAAUUUAAAGGAAGUGCCAGGGAAUUAUAUGGUAGCUGCUCUUGCUUUGGAAAGCAUUGUUUUAAAAUGAGUGCUGUGAAUUUGUGUUUGUGUGCUUCUUUUUUUAUUUUUCUUCUUUGUUCCUUCCUGAAUAUAUAUGAAUGAACUAUUCCUGUA